UUGGAACUCGGGCUCAGUUCAAUAAGAGAGACCAUGUCCGCCAUCAACCUUAUGAACUAUCCUUUCAUUUAAACCAACUUCUUCAUGAAAUAGCUGUAACACACGGCCUCAAGCAUGGCCACUUCGGGUGCAGUUCAGGUGAAACUGGAGCUCGGUCACCGAGCCCAGGUCAGAAAGAGACCUACAGCGGAAGGGUUUACUCACGACUGGGUGAUGUUCGUUAGAGGACCGGAGCACAGCAACAUUCAGCACUUUGUGGAAAAAGUCGUUUUUCACCUCCACGAAAGCUUCCCGAGACCAAAAAGAGUUUGUAAGGAUCCACCUUACAAAGUGGAGGAGUCGGGGUAUGCAGGCUUUAUCUUGCCAAUUGAAGUAUACUUCAAAAAUAAGGAAGAACCUAAGAAAGUGCGCUUCGACUACGAUUUAUUCCUGCACGUCGAAGGCCACCCACCUGUAAACCACCUCCGCUGUGAGAAGCUCACUUUUAACAACCCCACAGAAGAAUUCCGGAAAAAACUGCUGAAAGCGGGAGGGCAAAGAGAUCCUCACAAAAGGUUUGCAGAAGACCCAAAAGUCAUGGUCAUGCAGGAAGGAUCCACAUCCCUCUUUGGACAAAGCCUGCAGCUCCCUGUACUUCCCAGUAAUGCUGUGUCUUUUUCAGACACAAAGAAGAGCAAGUCCUCACAUGGAUCAAAGGACUUGGCCAAGUGUAGCACCCUCACCACCACCACUACCAACAGCAGCAGCAGCAGCAGCUCAUCAAAGCUCCAGAAAUCCAUGAAAGAGCACAAGGACAAACCUUCAAAAGACUCAAAAGAGCAUAAAAGUGCCUUUAAAGAACCUUCCAGGGAACUCGGUAAACUUUCCAAAGAUUCCAAGAAACCCAAAGAAAACAGACCACUUAAAGACGACAGGCCCAUUCCGAAGAUGGCGUUUAAAGAACCCAAGCCCAUGUCUAAGGAAUUCAAGUCGGACACGAGUAGUGUCCACGUCGGCAGGGCAGGGGGUCUGCAGCAUGCCAUUAAGGCCCCCAACAAAAGGCUGCCCAGUGGCGACUCUGAACUUGUAACCAAAAAGAGAAAGAAGAGUAGCUUGGAGCCCAUGCUGAAACCUUUGUCCAGCUUGUCUCCACCUCACCUUUCCUCAGACAAAAAACAGACGAAGGACAAACCCCAGAUCCGACCGGCAAAACUUAAAAUAGACAGCGAGACCCCAGAGAAAAAGAAACCCCCUUUGCCUCCUUUUGAAGAUAUUGUGGACCCAAAUGAAUCAGACAUGGAGGACAAUAUGUCUACCAAAUCAGAGUCAGGGCAGCCCAGUCCAGCAAGUUCCAGUGCCAGUUCCAGCUCUGAUUCCAGUUUUACUCCACCUCAGAACAGACAAGUGUCUGAAUUCAUCUGCAGGAAGGCUGUGCCUGUUGCAGCUCAUACAGUUUUAGGCCCUUUAACGUCAAUCAUGCAGGACCUGCAUUCUGAUGACAAUGAAGAGGAUUCAGAGGAGGAAGAGGAGGAGGAGGAAGAGGAGGAGGAUGACAAGGAGGAUGACAAUGACAACGAUUCAGACGUAGAGCGGCCUGUACACAUGCACAUGACACACAGAAAUCGCAGGGUGAGCUUAAGUGAUGGCAGUGAUAGUGACAAUAGUGCUGCUUCUUCACCACCAGCACACCGUGAACCACCACCCUCACUAAAAACUAGCAAGAACCAGAUUAUUGAAGUGAAAAGCCCAAUAAAGCAAACAAAACCUGACAAAACAAUAAAGAAUAUGGAUUGUGAUACGGCUUAUCUCGAUGAGUUGGUGGAACUUCAUAAAAGGUUAAUGACUCUGAGAGAGAGACACAUACUACAGCAAAUUGUUAACCUUAUAGAAGAAACGGGACACUUUCACAUUACCAACACCACCUUUGACUUUGACCUUUGUUCACUGGACAAAACCACAGUACGAAAACUACAGAGUUACCUUGAGACUUCUGGAACUUCCUGAGAAUACAGCGGAUGGCUGCAUCAUGGAAAUGAGAAACACACACACAAAAAGAAAAACCUUUUUUACUUGAAAUAUUGCAGUGAUGCAACCAAUCUGCCCAGCAGGCCUCAAGAAUACAGCUCCCUAAUGCUUUGUUUUUUGAAGCUAGUUGUAUAUCUUGAACCAAGCGAAGAAGAGUGAGGGAGAAAAAGAGACAGACCAGAAUAAUGUAUUUCUGCCCAGGAGCUGUUCUGGAAGUGUUCACCUGGAAAGCCUUGAAAAAAAAAAAAAAAAAAAAAAAAAGAAAGAAAAGAAACUGACAAAAAAAAAAUCUUGCUCUUAAUGAAUGUGUAUAUGGUUAUCAUAUGUCUCUGUGAUAUUUUGCUUUUUGUGAUGAAUGCAUGUUUAACACUGCCUUAUUACAUUAUUGGUUUAUUUAUUAAGUCUCAGAUAUCGGUGAUCGUUUAGGGAAUGACACUACCACAUUUUUUGUUUUACAAGCACUCAAGUAGCAAGAAAAAAAAAGGAUUUUACUGCUGUGAGCCUAUUAACACUUUUUCAUGGGACCUUUUUAAAAGCUUAAUUCAUGAAUUAUGAACUAGAAAGCGCAAGGCAAUUCUUGAUGUUAGAAAGCUGUAGACACCAGUACAGUAGUCUAUUAGAAUGACUUUAAUGAGUCAUUUAAGAACAAAAAACUUAUGUAUUUCAUUAAAAGCUGCAAGAUUAUAAAUUAUUUGACCUGAAGAAAUUAAUAGGAAAGGUAAUAUUAAAAAAAAAAAAAAAAAAUCGAAGGGAGGGUGAAUAAAAAGUUACGUUGGAGGCCUUGGUUGUGUUUGUGGAUAGUGUUUUUUUUCUUUUCAUUAUUAUUAUAUGAUGAUUUUUUUUUUUUUUUUUUUUUUAGCAAGCUUGCCCGGCCAUAAAGGGAACACUAAAGCCAGUGUUCUAUAUUUGCACUAGCUUUCAUUAAAUAAUAUUGGUGCAACUUUAACUUAUCGGCUUGUGCAGAUUAAUUAGCAACCAUUAAAAUGACAACAGAAGUUGAACUCCCAGGUUAGUUCAUGUAUCAGAAAAGCAACAAGGAAAAGAGCCGGACUGAAGUUUUGUCUUGUUGGUCUUGAGGUUGGGAGGCCGUUUAAAACGUACUCUUGCAUGUAUGAGGAAUGUUGUAGAAAGUUCUUAAUUUGUGGAGAUAUUGAUUCGUUUUAUCAUCUAGUCCUCAUCAUUCUUUCCAUUAUUCUUCACUGCAUUAGGGUGUGGUUGCAUAAUUGUUGCUCUGCAUAGGAUUUAUUAUGUAGUUCAACGAAAUCAUGUUUUAAAGAGCUGGGGCAGUUGAACCCUCCACCCCCCCCCCCCCCCCC